AUCACGUUUAAUUGCAAUACGGACAUGUUUCUGUCAAAAUAUUUAUACAUGUCAAAUUUUUCAUUAAAAAAUGGAUGAUAAGAAAAUUCGAAAUGUAUUUUUAUUUUAACUGCAAUUUUUUGUUUUGUUACAUUAUUUUGUGGAAUAUUUAAAGACUUAUUUUUUUCCUCAAUGUUACAACGUUGUUAUUACACGUCAUAGGGUUAUUACACGUCUUAAAGUGAUUUCUAUUUGAAAAACAAGUGCUAUUAAAAGUUCAUUAGCAAUUUAUACAUUAACUCGUAUAAGUUGAGUACGGUAUUUCAUUUACAUUCCGGCAUUUUAACAUCAGUUUACUUGUUACCUUCGUAUUGUGACAAUCGUUCUCUGAAAAGCAAAGCGAAUGAUUUCGCUUAUAAAAUUCAAGAAAAAGAAGAUAUGAAAAAAAAUUUCCAUUAAGUAAUUAAUGAUUCAGCAAACAAGUGAUUUUAUUAAGCAACAUUUGAAAAUCAAGUCAAAUUAAUAACUAUUUUCUUUUAUCUAGAAGAGAUAGGAAGUUUUUUUUGUGAUGGCUAAAGGUGAAAUGAGAAUAUCGGAAAAAAAUGACGUUGAAAGAAAUAAUGAUACAGAGAAAGCAAAUAAAAUAAGAAAUUUGGUGGCAUUUUGGAUACUUGGAUUGUGCAAUAAUUAUGGAUACGUUGUCAUGCUCAGUGCAGCUCAUGAUAUUCUCAGAGAACGAUUUGAUCAUAAAAAAGAUGAAACAAUUAAUGCAACUUUGAGUAAUGGCACAAAUAUAAUGAAUAGAGAGUGCAAUACAAUAUCCACUGGUGCAAUACUUUUAGCCGAUGUAUUGCCAUCUUUAAUAGCAAAGUUAAUUUUUCCAUUUGUGCCAUAUUUUGUCAAUAUUCGCGUGCUCGCUUGUAUAUUACUUUCAUUUGCUGGUUUCUUAUUGGUGGCCCUGGGUGAAACAAGUGUUAUUAUAAUAUUAGGAAUAGUUGUCACGUCUAUUUCUUCUGGAUUAGGAGAAUUAACACUAAUUGCUUAUUGCAAUCGAUUUAAUAAACAUGUGAUAUCUUCCUGGUCAUCAGGAACUGGUGGCGCAGGAAUAUUUGGUGCUGUUUCUUAUGCGAGUUUGAAAAUUUGGUUAAACACAAAAGAAACACUUUUAAUAAUGUUAGUAAUUCCAGUUUUAGAGGGAAUUGCAUUUUGGUUAAUUUUAGAAAAUCCAAAACAAACAACAAUGACACCAGCCAAGGAUGGUAUUGGAAGUCAAGAGAAAAUAAUUAAAGUUCAAGAAAAAACAUUAAAAGAAAAAUUACUUUUAGUGCCAAAAUUAUUGAAAUACAUGCUGCCUCUUGGUUUAGUUUAUCUUUUUGAAUAUUUUAUCAAUCAGGGUUUGUUUGAAUUGAUUGAGUUUAACAAUAUUCCGUGGUUACGCCCUAGUGAUCAAUAUCGAUGGCUUCAAGUUGACUAUCAGAUUGGUGUCUUCAUAUCAAGAUCAUCAGCAGUAUUAUUUACUUUUAAUAAAAUAUGGAUCAUGGCUGUGUUGCAGUUUGUGAACGUGAUUAUUUUACUUUUUGAAUCCAUAUAUUUUUAUAUUCCCAGUUUUUGGAUUGUUUUUGCUCUUGUUUUUUGGGAAGGACUUUUAGGUGGCGGAGCUUAUGUUAAUACUUUUUAUAAAAUUUCAAGACAGCUUCCAGCAGAGGAUCGUGAAUCUGCAUUUUCAAUUGUUGUACUUGCUGAUUCGAUAGGAAUUGCCCUUGCAGGAUGGAUGUCGAUGCCGGUCCAUAACGCUAUUUGUCAACUUCCACGACCAAUUAGAAAUUCGUGAUUUAUAUGUGCCAUUAGCAAUCAGUAUGAGCCAUAUUGCUCACUAACAAUAGUUUAUUGUUAUACAAAUUUUUUUUUUUUUUAUUGUUUUGAUAAUAAAAUACGUUAUAUGAUAGAUAAAAUAUGUGAAAUAGUAUUGUUUCAAAAUAGAAUUUUUUUUUUUUUACAAAGGAAUGAAAUUGCAAAUUUUGAAAAAUAAAAUCAAUUAUCGUAUAACCAUAUUGAAUGUGAGACUGAAAGUGUAUGAAUGUUACUUAUAUAAUUAUCUCUCGUCUCAGGGUAUAAAUGAAAUUAAUUCAUACAUUUGUAUUUGAAAAUGAGAAGAAAUAAUUUUAAACAUUUAUUAUUAAAUUGAAUUUUAUUUUUGAAUUUAA